AGAAGUAUCGGCUGAUGUUGUGAGGUCAGAUUCAGCGUGAUUGCGCAGCAUGAAUAUUGAUGCCAGAGAUUCUGGGGAAUUUUAGUCAUUAUUUUUAGCUAAAAAAUAAAUAUCUACAGAGACAAGAUACGAAACAUGGACUACUUGAAGUUUCUAGGAGCAGGUGCUGUGACCUUGGCAGCAGUAACCACGACAACAUUCUACUAUCUGACCAGUCGACCCCAGCCAAUUCCACUAGUGGUUGAUCUGAAUGACCAAACAGAGGAAGUAGAUAAAAAUGAAAGGUCACGGAUGUCAAGGCUCUGUAAAAAUGGAAGAUACAUUUGUGAAUAUGAAGAUGCAGAGAUCAAGACAUUGCAUGAUGCCUUCAAGCGUGGAGCUAGAGUAUCAAAUAAUGGACAGGCAUAUGGAUGGAAGCCCAGUCCCACAGAACCUUUCACAUGGAUCUCCUAUAAUGAUGUCCUUGUUCGAGCAGCUAAUGUUGGUGCUGGCUUUAUAGCAAAAGGACUAAAACCAGAAAACACGACGAAUAUUGGCAUUUAUUCCCAAAACAGAGUUGAGUAUGGGAUUACAGAACAAGGUUGCUACAUGUACUCCAUGGUCCUUGUACCUUUGUAUGACACCCUGGGCCAUGAAGCUUGUACACACAUCAUCAACCAAGCUGAGAUUAGUUUGGUGAUCUGUGAUAAGAUAGUGAAGGUGAAGGCCCUACUGGACAGGAUUAAGGAGAUGCCUAAUCUUAGGAAGGUGGUUCUGGUGGAGGAACCAUCUGAUGAAAUCAAAGAGAGUGCCGCCAAUCACAAGAUAGACCUCUUCUCCUUCUCUGAAUUAGAGGCUCUAGGUGAACAGAACCCCCAGGAGCCAAAGCCCUCUAAGCCUGAUGAUUUGUGUGUUUUAUGCUACACCAGUGGUACAACAGGUUUACCUAAAGGUGCCAUGCUUACACACAAAGGGACUAUGGCAACAGUUGUGGCUGCUGCAACAAUACUGAAACCGGGUGGAAUAGACAUUUCUCCUGAAGAUACUCUCAUCUCUUAUCUCCCCUUAGCUCAUUCAUAUGAAAGGUUACUAGAGUGUUACUGUGUAUUAAAUGGAGCCAGAAUAGGGUUCUUCCAAGGUGAUGUAAAAUUAUUGAUGGAUGACAUUAAGGAGCUACAGCCCACACUCUUCCCAUCUGUACCAAGGCUACUCAACAGAGUCUAUGAUAAAGUCAUGACUCAGUUAAGUGAAGGGUCGGCUAUAAAAAGAAAGUUGUUUAACAUGGCCAUUGCUAGCAAGGAAAAUGAACUCAAAAAGAGUAUUAUUAGAAAUGAUAGUAUAUGGGACAAAGUGGUAUUCAAGAAGAUUCAGGCAGGUUUGGGUGGAAAGGUUAAGCUUAUAACAACAGGAUCUGCCCCCCUGUCCCCUAAAGUCCUUCACUUCCUGAGAUGUGUUGUGGGGUGUCCCGUUGUGGAGGGAUAUGGACAGACAGAAUGCCAUGCUGUCUGUACAGUGACACUGGUGGGAGAUCCAGACACAGGAAAUGUAGGCCCACCACUGCCUUGCUGUCAGAUAAAACUGGCUGAUGUAGAGGAAAUGAAUUAUUUUGCAAAGGAUGACAAAGGGGAGGUUUGCGUAAAAGGACCCAAUGUGUUCCUUGGUUACUAUAGAGAUCAAGCCAAAACUGAAGAAGCUCUAGAUAAAGAUGGCUGGCUUCACACAGGAGACAUUGGACAGUGGCUAGAAAAUGGAACUUUGAAAAUUAUUGAUAGAAAGAAGAAUAUUUUCAAAUUAGCACAGGGUGAAUACAUUGCCCCAGAGAAGAUAGAAAGUGUCUAUGUAAGAAGCCCCCUUGUGGCACAAGUAUUUGUUCAUGGAGAGAGCUUAAAGUCGAGUUUGGUUGGCAUAGUUGUACCAGAUCCAGAUGUGUUACCAAACUGGGCCAAAACAAAACUGAAUGUGUCUCAAUCCAUGGAGGAGUUGUGUUCUAAUGCUGAUGUAAAGAAAGAGAUUUUGGCUGACAUGACCAAGUAUGGAAAAGCAGGAGGACUCCACUCAUUUGAACAAGUCAAGGACAUUUUCCUCCAUCCAGAUUUGUUUUCUGUGGAAAAUGGACUAUUGACACCAACAUUUAAGGCAAAAAGACAUGAACUCAAAGUCAAAUUUAAGUCACAAAUCGAUGAAAUGUACACACAACUAGCGUAAAGUAUGUGCAUUUAGAAACCAGUUAUAUAUAUGUAUUUUUUCAAAAUACUAAAUGGAGAUUUUGCUUUGAAUUUUACAUAUUUUUCUUGAUUGCAAAGCACCAGAAGCAAAUAGUUAUCAAGGGUCAGAAUCUCUCAUUAAAGCUAGUAAUAUUGAUUUGCUGUGAAAUGUACCUAGUUCUGGUGAAGAAAAUGUUUUUAAAUUUUCUUUGAACGAUUUUUUUCCCCACUGUUUAUUCAAAAAUUAAGAGUUUACUGGAUGAAGGUCCAUGCAGAAUAUGAGUUGAAAUAAAGUGGUUUUUUUUUGUAUGUGAUAAAGGUUGUGAACUUUUCUGCUUUUAUCAUUUACAACAUCAUAACUGUGAUUUGAUAGAUCUUAUAUCAUUAGAUAUACUAGUCCAGAAAUGAGAUUUCUUGAAGAACUUAAAAUGAAAUGUUUUGAAUUCAAGUCUAAACAAAAAAGCAUAAAAGUGCUAUAAAUAAAAAUACAUGUAGUCCAUUUGCUCCCUUAACACCCCUUGUAUUCUCUCCACUUGAUUUUAAUAUCUGUUAUAUACAUUAAUGUUCAUGAAGAUGUUUGCAAAAUCUUACGCAUUGGAUUUAAAGGCAAAACAUUCACUCAGUAAUUAGUAAUUGUGUUCUGUUGGAUAAUUUAACAGCAGUUCGAUCAAAGUACCAGUGUUUUAUUUAUUAUCUAUUCACUAUUUGCAUACACACUGUUUAAAGCACAAUUAUGAAAUAUUUUCAUAUGUACGUACAUGUAGAAGCUGUUACAUGUAUAUAAUAUACUUGUCACUGAUAACUCAUCAGAUAGCAUCUUGUUUUUGUAAUUAUUCUAAGGGAAAGAAUGAAAUAUUGUAAUUAUAUUGCACAAUUUCAAUUUAUUGCAAAACUUCUGUGCUAGUUUGAACUUUUCUCUGUUUGAUAUUUGAUGCUAUUUUAAAUUAUUCUGUGUUAGAAAAACACAGUUUAACAAGCUAGUCAGUACUUUCAUUCAAGUCUAGGUUGGGAAAGACAUAAAAUUUUGCUUGCAUACAUUUUAUUAUGAUGUAGGCAUUCCAAAUUGAAAGUCAUCGUCAUUUUGAUUGUAGCUCCAUCACAGUGUAUACCUUAGAGGAUUUUUUUUUUGUUUGAAUAGGACCAAGCUAUAAAUUGACACAAUAGAGAUUUUUUUUUGAAAAUUUGUUAUUCCACACACCACCUUUGAGUAGUGCCAUGUUUUGUCAGUGAUAUUAUUAAAGUGUAUAUUCUAGAAUCAUCAUUGUUCAUGUGGGACCAAUGUUCGUAUAUUUUUGACCCCAUGAACAAAUUUUGUCAAAUUAUUGAUUUAUUGAAUAUUCUGUAAAUAUAGGUUACCCAUGAAAAUAUGUCCCCACGAUCCAGUAAAAUUUUAGUAGUCCACGAACAUUGACCCCCCAUGAACUAAAAUGCGUUUACAGUAUGUGAUGUAUUACUGUACAUAAAUUCAUAUUUAGCAUACAUAUCACUUAAAUAAAUUGAUAAUGUUUAGCUCAGUAUCUAGCAAAAUUUUUGAUGCUGUACAAAGUUCAUGCAAUACCUUGAGCAACUGGAUGAAGUUCAAUUGUAAGAUAGCUCAUUCCUCUGCCUAUUUAUUUUGGCCAUCAAUAUUACAUAUUCUAUAUGGCAAGGGUUUUUAACAUACAUGUACAUAUGGAUAGUACUUCAUGAAUCAUGAUACAUGCACUAUGUUCCAAGUAUAACAAAUAAUUUUUGAAUGACUGUUGUACAAGAAUGUGCAUUUUUUCACCACAUUUAUAUUCUUUCCCAUGUGUAAAAGUUUUUUGGGUGUUCAUUAUUCAUAGUUUUAGAACCUGCUUUAUUUAAAUGAGUUUAAUACAAAUUACAGUUACAAGAGUUUGCUUUAUCUUCAUUCACAUCAUUUAAAUGAUAAGGAGAACACAGAAAAAAGAACUGAGCAUGUACAGCUAUAUUUCAUGUGAAUAAUUUUGUGUUUAGCAAAUUUUCUUUCAAUGCAUUUGAACAUUUUAAAGAAUAAAUGUGAGCAAUAAUGAA